UUCAUAAAACAUCUGCUUUAUAAUACCCAGGAUUCCAUUUACAAUGAGGUUUUUGUGAUAAACAAGCAGUUCUGUAGGCAAUACGCAGAAAUUGCAUCCAGGCCGACCAAUUUGUAUCUACCAGGGACCUUUUGCUCGAUAGGUGCAGGCACUAAUUGGAAUCGGCAGCAAAGUGCGCGAGAAACUUCGACGCAGUUGUUUACUCAGUACAAACCCAGCAAUUGCUGGCAGAACGGUGCUGCAGUGGUAUAUCGCAGCCGUAGUACUGGACCUUCAAAUUUCACCGUGGAAUCUAAUGAAGUAAUGAAUUCCGUUUAUUCCGGUAAUCGACGCUUUGCUGCUUUGCAAAGACAGCACAAAUCUCUUGACGGAAUGCAAUUGAACGAGUACGAAACAGAUGAAGUUCGACCUCUGCUGCCUUUGGAUAUUUCUACGGCAAACGCUGAUAUGAUAUCGUCUCAGUAUUCUGGACCGUCUUUAUCCAAUCCUACAACAACAAAUGCAUAUUUUUGGAAGCAACCAGCGAACAUCUAUUCAUAUAAUGGCGAUACUUAUGGACUAUCAGAUACACAAUCCGCUCGCGCUUAUAACCUUUUAAAGCAAGAUUACGAAAUGGCUAUGCAGAAGUUGAAUUCAACUAUGAGUUCUAUAAAAACAUUUUGGAGUCCUGAACUGAAACGUGAAAGGCAAUUAAGAAAGGAGGAAAGCGCAAAACUUGCGGCUUUGCAGAAACAAACUGGACCUCAGAACGGGUCUGGUUUUCGAGUUGUCGAAUUGGAAAUGGAACUUGAAAACUGUCGAUGCGAGCUAGCUGAGAAAGAUGAAACAAUUAGGCGGCUCAUGGAGCGCACAAAUGCAGCUACAUAUCGUGAUGGUGGUAGUCGUAUGUCUGAUCUGGAAACACGAUGUAAUCAGUUAGAAUCCUUACUUGAAAUCCGAGAAGAACAGAUUAGAUCGAUGGAACGACACUUUUCCCAAUUACCAAUUGCAUCAUCUCAGGCUGCUAAGGAUCAGCGAAUAGCAGACUUAGAAGAUGAAAUUGCGAUGUUACAAUCAGAACGAGCGGAACUUCCGCGUGAUUUUACUGAUAAAACUAUAACUCCUCAUGAAAUCAAUACAAUUCGUAUGAAAAUGGAACGGAGUGAAUUGGAAUUGGCACAAAAGAUAGCUGAACUCUCUGCAGUCCAGACACGAUUACAAGCUGCAACGGAAGCCAUCGAAGAUCUUAGGAAACGUGUUGAAGUUUUUCGUGAAUCAUCAGCAGCAAAGGAAAAACAUGCAACGCUGUUGCAGUCUGAUAUCGAAGCACUGCGUACUAAACUUGAAACCAAAAAUAUACAAAUAGAACAAAAAGAAAAAACCUCUGAACGGUUGGAAGCAGAUUUAGCGGUCGAAAAGAACAGAGUAUCAGACCUUCGCGAUAGCAAUAGAAAUUAUGAGCAAAAAAUCAGUCAGUUGUUGGCUCGGAUUGGUGCUAUGGAAGGUGUACUGCACGAAAAGGAAAGUGAACUAGAAAAGGUCAAGCAAAAACUUUUGAAAAAUCCGGACGUGCAAAAGGAAGAAGAGUUGCAGAUGCAGCUUGAUGAAGCUAAUAGGGAAAAAAUGAGGAUGCAGUCGUUGCUUAACGAGCUACACCAUAAUGCAGAAAAAGAAAAAGUGCAGCAAUUAGAAACAUUUCAAGCGGAAAAUCGGCAAUUAAUAGCUACAAUCGAAAGUUUGCAAAAAGAAUUAGCGGACCGAGAAGUACUACUAGAGUCACAAUGUGAAAAAAUAGGCGACUUGGACCGAGAACUUGUAACAGCAGAACGGCAAUGCAAAGAUCGUGCACCACAGCUUUUAAACGACGAAGAGCUUGCUGAAGCAAGAAAAGAGAUUGAAUCCCUUCUUCGAAUGGUGCAAAUACUUGAGAAAGAAAAAGCUUCUAUAAUUUCGCACUAUAAACAACUGCAAAGCAAAUUGGAAGAUAUUCAUAAAGGUGAUGCUGCUUCGACAGUUGGUCAAACUCGAUCCGAAUUUUCUGCCAUCUCAGCUGAAGGAUCUCUUAAAUCUAGAGUGGAGGAACUAGAAGAGGCAUUGCGUGAAUCAGUAAGUAUAACGGCCGAAAGAGAGCUUCAUGUGGCCCAACAAAAGCAGCUCAAUCAGCAACUUGCUGCUCAAUUAACCGAAUGUCGCCGUGAAUUAAAUGAGCUUCGACGACAUGUGAAAAAGUUGACAAGUAAUGAGCGAGAAGAAAUGUUGCGUUCUUUGGAAGUUGAAAAGCGCAGGCAUAUCGAACAGCUACUGCAGCUGAAGCAUGAAGCGUUGGUAGCAGCAAUUGCCGAAAAGGAUGCUCACAUUGCAUUAUUGGAGCAGUCGAGGGAAAGACCACGAGAAGAGAUAGAGACCCUACGCCGUCAUAAAGAAAAAUUGAUGGAAAAAUUAAAAGAAGAAAAUGAACGUCGCGCCCAACUUCUCAACUCCACUAAUUUAAGCGUAGCCAACAAUCUGUCAAGAGAAGGCGGUCUUGCUACGGUUAGUGCUGCCAGUGCUCCAGGAAGUCUUGCUACACCGCGACAGGCUAUUACAGAUCAGGAAGACGACGCAGAAGGUAUUUGGGCAUAGAAGCAUUUCAAGUGAUAAACGAAAAUUAGAAAUUUAACUGCCGUAUUUCAUUUCUUCCAAUUAUAUUUUCAGUUGUUCAACAGUCGUUUUCACUUCGCUUUAUCAUCUGUACGGGUUUUUAUAAUUUAUAGACAUUUACCAGAUAUCGGGUCUUUGACAGUUUAUAUUUUCUUAUGGUGUAUGCCACCUCACAGUUUGUUCGCGAUUCAUCUGUUACAUUUUUGCAAAGUAUUUUGUACACUCACACAUAAUUGAUAUCAGAAAAGUUAUUUAUUCAUUCCAACUUGAAUCAUGUACUAAGUUGUUUUGGUCUUCCUUUAUAACCUUUAAAAGGAUUUUUCUUGAUGUAGUUAAAUCACCACUUUCUUUUAUUCAGUUAACUGUUGAUAUUCGAUAUCUUUAGGAUUAAUUUUCAGCUUUUUGGAAGAAGUAUCUUCGACACUGUCCGUUUUCUGCAUUUUCACAUACAAAUCAUCAUUAACUAUUUCUCAUUUCGGUUGAAAUCUUGGACAGAGAGGUUAUCUGAAUGUUUUUUAGGCCUGAGGAACCAUUUCCGUCUGUGCUUACUUGUUCCACAGUUGCGCACUUCAUUAUGGAUUUCGAAAUAAGUUAGCUACAUUUAAAAAGGUG